AUGAGUCACAGAGCUCACAUUGAAGCAAUUAAUAGAACAUUGCAAGAUUUAAUAUUAAACCAGAAUUUAAUGGGUGGCAUUACAUUUGUUAUUGCUGGUGAUUUUAGGCAGACGUUACCAGUAAUUCCGAGAGGAACUAGAGCCGAUUUUAUUCAUGCCUGUUUAAAAUCAUCAUUUCUCUGGAAUUAUGUAGAGUCUCUUCAUUUACGUACUAAUAUGAAAGCACAUCUCUGCGGAAGAAACACGGAAUUUCUAACACAGCUAUUAAAAAUUGGCGAUGGCACGAUGGAAAAUGAAAACGGUUUUAUCACCCUAGAUCAAUCCAUUGGAAAACUGGUUACAACUGUCGAUCUUAUUUCUGAAGUUUACCCAGACAUCGAGAAUUUAUCAAACAAAUCAUACCAAUGGUUAUGUGAGAGAGCGAUAAUUUUACCGAGAAAUUCCACAGCAGAGGAAAUUAACAACAUUAUUCUUCAAAAGUUUGUAGCUGAUUCUCGAGAGUACCUCUCUAUUGAUUCAGUCAUUGCAUCUGAAGAUGGUGUUUAUUAUCCUCAGGAGUUUUUAAACUCCCUAACUCUAUCAGGAUUUCCACCCCAUAAGUUGAAUAUGAAAGUUGGAGCUCCGAUUAUGCUACUACGUAAUCUUCAACCCCCGAACCCUAUGUAA